UGUAGGCUGUCGUAUUGUUUAUCUAUUUAUUACGUGUUAUAUACAAAAAUAUCUUUAUUUGAUCCCUUUAAAUCAUUCAUAACUAUUGCCACAUUCGUUGUCAAUUUUAAAUUCGACUAAAACCAAACUUCUUUAAAUCAUAACCUUAAAUUAUGGAAAAUCUUGAACCUAAAAAACCCGUGAAAACUUACUCAAAUGUGCGUAAGUUGAAUCAAAAAGCAUCUGCACGACCCGAAACACGCAAAUUGAAAACUGUUGUAGUAAUAAAAAGAGAUGUACUGACUACGAAGAAAGCCGUUGAAUUAUUAUUAAGUGGUACUUUGAAGAAAAAAGUAUGCCGCUAUUGCUUGAAUAUCACAUAUCCGCUGUCUGAAUUGGAUCAGCUUAUGCAAAUUGGAGGGAAUGGAGCCAUAUAUAAAGUGACUAUAAGAGAUGUAGUGGCUAGUGUCCAUCCAUUCAAAGUGACAGAUGACCCGAAUUUCCCAAACAAGAUAUGCGAGAAAUGCCUCAAUGAAGCUUUACGAGCAUAUAUUUUUGCCCAGCAAUGUGAUCAGGCCGAAAGAGCACUCAGAAACUGCUUUGAAGAUAUGUACGAUAAACUAAACAAGUUAGACCCUUUAGAACGACAGAAAAAACGUGGCAGACAAAAAACACACCCUAACCACAAUGUGUUGUAUACUGAACAUAGAAAUGUCAUAGAUUACGCAGAGCCUAUAAUUAAUUUGAUUAAUUCCAGUGCCGUAUCAGUCACAAACGAACCACAAAUGAGUGAACUUGAAUGCAAACGAUGCUGGCAAGUCCUGCCCAACUUGGAAUCACUAGUGAACCAUGAGAAGAUACAUCCAAAAACUAUGUGGUACCAUUGCAGAAUUUGUGGCAAAUCAUUUGCCAAACGUUACCAAAUAAAUAGACAUCUGCGGCACCAUGCUAAAGAAACAAACCCCAAUUUGGAAGAAAGUCAAACAGGGUUUAUUUGCAACCAAUGCGGACAUGCCACGGAUAGUUACAAUGUUCAUCUACAACAUAUUGAGAAGCAUAAAUUCAAAAUGGUCUUAGAGCAUUUGGUUGACAGAGAAAUGGAUAAGUUGUGUGCAAUAUGCUUCGAUAACAAAGGUCCUAUGGUGCAGAUGGACAAGAUGGUUUGUCUUCAUGGAGGAUAUCCAGAAUUGACCGGAGACAGAAGCUUGUAUAAUAUUUUGGGUGCUACAGUUCCAGAGCCAAAUUACAAGUAUCAAGAGUUGCCUGUAGCCCAAAAACCAAGAAUUAUGACUAUUACAAAGAAAAUCAACAAAAAUACUACAGACGUUGAUGAUUUCACAGAUAGUAGAUUGUCAUUAUCUCCGCCUGUAACAGUACCAUUGGAAAACAAAGAGUACAAUGAAAGUUACACCUACAUCUCUGGGGAUGUUCAAAACUUGAAUGAAGACAGACAUCCUAAAUCCACUUACUUCCUAAACGAACAAAUAUUUGAAGAAACUACGCAAUUUGACGAAGAUAUAUCUGAUGAGAGAAAUAACGAAACUGUGGAUAUGUCAAUUACAGACAAACACGAUGAUGAUCUUGAAAGUAAUGACGGUUUGUUUAUAGAAGUGACUAGAGAAUUUGAUCAAAACAUUCCGAAUAAUAAUACUUUUGAGUUAUUUGAUGACGAAACUUAUGAUAAUAUCCAAAAUAUUUACGAUAAAUCUGGUAAUGAUGAUCCCAUUGAAGAAAAUAACACAACCAUACAUUUUGUGUUUUCCAAACCUGACUUGGUUGACAUAAAAAACAAAAACAUAGAAGGUAUUAACAAUGAAAUAGAGCAGAAAAACCAAAUUGAUAAUCUGUGCACAUACUGUUGGGUAUUUAAGAAAGCUGUGUGUAAAUCCUGUAUGGAUAUUGAAGAAUCAACCAACCGAGAUACAAAUACUGAAAAUAUUGCAGCAGUGAAAGAUGUACAAGCAACCAUUGAAAUGGAAGGAACAACAAAACGAUGUCAAUAUUGCUGGUUAUUUCAAAAUACCGAUAAAUGUGAUUAUUGCCAUUCAACUAAAGAGAUUGAGUCUGUAUUUCCAACAAGCAGUAAUGAAAUGCAAGAUAAAAUUUCUUUUAUAUCAAUAACGGAAAGCAAAGAGACUACAUUCGAAUUGAAUGACUCUGUAGAAAAGGGCAGAGUUAACAAACAAAAAGUGGAUGCAGAGACUGAGUUGCCUGAACCUUUAUGUGAGAACAGAGCAAAUAAACGUAAAGCUGAUAAUACAACUACUGUACCAGCUAAAAGAACUAAAUGGCAAUGCAAUAUUUGCCUAACUAACAAUGUAAACAGGGAAGCAUGCCUCUGUUGCGAUUCUACGAACAUACCUGAAGACACAUUAAAACUAAACUUUAGUUUCAAAACCAGUUUCUUAGACUUCCUAAAGACCGCGACACCAAAAGUUGAAGAAAAAUUUGAUACCAACGAUACUGAAAAGAAAGUCGACAUAGAUUUGAAACCACUACAAGCCAACACUGAAAUUAACUCCAACAGUAUUACUACAACUGAAACAGUUACUACUGCUCCUAAAGUCGUAUUCUUUACAGCUAAACCUAACAAUAAUACACAGGACAUUAAUAAACCAAAUCAAAAAGAAGAAACAAUGGAAAUAGCAGAAGAAAAUACGCCAUCUCCAAGUUUUUCCACUGCGCUGAUGCAUUCAUAUCCGAAUCCUUAUUCCUUCGCAUUUUCAUCUAGCCCUUUUCAAUUUAGGCCUCAAAUGAUGUUACCAGCAUUUCAGAAUGCUCCAUUUCAGUUCAAUAUGGGAGCUACACCUGAAAAUAAAGGAAGGCAUCAAAGAAAAUUCAAGAGGUUCAUGAGGAAAAUGUAAAUUACUUGAAAUCAAUUGUUACUCAAACAAUAUAAUUAUUCGUCAAUAAUAAUAGAUAUCCAAAACACUAAUAUUUUUAGUCUAAAGUUGUGUGUUUUAACGAGGUAUGGUUGAAAAGAUGAAAUAAAUUGUCUUGAAUUAAAUCUUAAUUGUGCAUUUGGCGAAUCGCUAAGAGAUUUUAGACCUUAGAACAUAAAGUAUUAACUAUAACCAACUUUGCAAAACAUAUAAUCUACAUAACAAGAUAUCUAAUAAUAUAUUCCAGAAAUAUAAUCAUGGCAUAGCAGAUAGAUAUAAUAUAAGUAAUAAUCUCCAAGCAUUUUAGAAUAUAAGUGCGGUCGACAAAUAAAUCGUAGCCGUAAAUGUGUCUAAUAAUCACAUACAAUUUAAAACUAGUUUAAAAAGAGUUAUAAAUGUGCUAUCUCUAAUACUUAAUAUAAGUGCCAGUUCUAGCAGCACAAACUUAAUGUUAAAUUAGUUUGACUGUUCUGAAAACUAGUUUUAUCUCUGUCUAGCAUUUGGCGUUAGUGAAGGACGGCACUAAACUAUAAUAAAAAUAAGCGUUUUCAAUGUAAAAUGCUCGUAAAUCCUUAAAAAGUGUUAGGCCAUAAUAAUAAUGAGAAUGAGUGAGUUCUGUCUAUCCUUCGUGGAUACAGGCUUAACGCUAUUUUAUGUGUUAUCAUGAGUGAGCCGUGCGUGAGUGAUAUAAUAUUAAAAGCUAAAAUUAGAUUAAAAAUAUAAAGAUUUAUAACAAUAUUAAUAUUAAACACAUUUCCUCAUAUUUGUAUAACUCUCUCGUAAAUAAUAGUGUUGUCAGCAGUAAAAUUUGCGAGAUUAAGGUGUGAUUUUAUUUUAGCUUACAUAGCUAUUAAAAUGUAAUGUAUAAGUACUUAAUUCAAUAAAGAAAAUGUUGAGAAAACUAUUAGAUUUUAGUAUUAUACAAGAAAGUACACUCUGUAGAAACGUUUAUUGUUAAAAAGCUUAUCAACUACUUCUAAGGCACACAGUUUAGUUUUUCAGAUAAGACUCAUGCUAUAAAUUAAAAAAUCCUGCACUUACUUACCCGAGCAGCAAUUGAAGUUUACAAAACAUCUGUCCAUAUGUUUAUGUAUUAUAUUUAACAUCAGCUUCUUUU